UAGCUAUAGUCCUUGCGAUAUCCUCUUAGCAGGACGUAUUUGUAGUGGGGAGCAGCCUGCCCAACCCAUUCUCAGUGCGAGGACUUGAGGAGAGAAGCGCUGUACACACCGCGCCUGCUCUGGUCGGCUCCUCCGACAGUGCGCAGCCUAUAUUCAGUCCCAACAAGAACAAGAGACACCUUCAACCAGGUCGCGGACUCUACCUCGGCCACCGCCGAGGCCGUUCUAACAGGACGUGCCUCGAAGAGCGAAUCAUAGAAUAUAGGAACAACGAAGCCAAUAUCUUGCCAAGGAAAAGGUUGACAUCACGUGUGAAUGAUUUGGAGAGGCAGAGGUGAAUAAACAAACGGAGCAGAUAAAGACGUAAACAUUACCAUGUCCUGUCUCCAUCGCCACCACCACAUACGUUUAUCUUCCCCUUCUUUUUCUGCACAGACGCAGAAUGCGUGGCAUUAUUGAUUAAACGGGAAGAGGAAGAGGAAUCCAAUGUGGACGGGAGGAGAGGAGGCACUCGCAACACUGACAGUCACAUCAAUUUAGUAGCGGCCCUUCAGAGGAUAACUGUUCAUAUUUGAAGGACAGAAAUGAAGUCGUCUCCAGGAUAGCGCUGUGAGCGAGUGCAUCCGACCAGGAGUUUGCUGGCGAUCUGCGCGACUGCUGCUCCCCGUAUUUGCGGCCAUGCUGCGGGAAUCAUCCUCCGAGCUCUUCCCGACUUGAGAGGCUUUUACCAGCCGAUUGUUAAAACAGUGCAGUCGUUAAAAUGAUUUCGUUGUCUAGAAGACGGAUAACCCCGAGGCUUUUUUGCAACGUUUGUUUCAUAUUUUGCUAAAGAAACCUGCGCAGAGAUAGCUGAUCAUAUUUCACUUAGCUCUUUAGCUCUGACAAUUUUAUCCUAACAAAAUUCUGUGGAAAACAUUUAAUUAUUUAUAGGCUAUGUUCCGCGAAUUGCAUAACAAAAGUUUUGGGUUGUGUCCCGGGUUGAGUGCGUGUCUGUUUGUGUUUAUAGUAGCACACGUAGCAGCCAAUUAGCUCAAGCUUAUUGUGCGAAUUAGACAUUUUAUUCAAAUCUGAACGCAUGUGUUGGAGGUUGUUUCCCCGACUGGUACCAUUCACUAGAGGACAGGUGUGUUGUCCAACUGGUCAGGUGGGGAACGAACCCAGAGGUCCUACCCACUUUAAGGCCUCUUGAUUUCGUGUAUAAGGUUUUAAUGUUUAGUUAAAAAGACAAAUAUUUUUAUGCAAGUCAGCCUUGCAUGACUGCCUGGGGGACCAAGUCAUUUCUUACAGCAGAUUCUAACAUCCAAACAUGGGCACCAAACAGACCAAAGGUGUUGGGGGCCAAGAGGCUGGGCCCAGCCCACAGCACGGGUGGAAACGGACCCCUACCAAGGAGAGGGGUGACCUCUUCACCUCCUUCAUGUUGAGGUCAGGGGACCGGCUGAGUCGUGGAGGGUCCCCUCCGCCCUACCAGCGCCGGAUAGGCAUGAUCCAGGAGAUGAUGCUGAUGGCCAAGCAAGGCAAACAGGACAAGGCCACAGAGAUGCUGCAGACACUCCGGCAGGACUUGGGGAUGGAGUCCACGUCUCUGGAUGACGUGCUGUACCGCUACGCCAGCUUCAGGAACCUGGUGGACCCCAUCACCCACGACCUCGUCAUCAGCCUGGCCAGAUACAUCCAGUGCCCCCCCAAGACAGGCCCGGGGGAGGAUUCUCUGGGUGCCAUGGAGAAGGUGUGUCGCCAGCUGACCUAUCACCUGAGCCCACACUCACAGUGGAGACGGCAGGGCAUACUGAAGAGGAAGCCGCAGGCAUGUCUCAAGGUGAUGCUGUCGACACCUCCCCCUAACGGGGCACUGGACCUUUCGGGCAUCCCCCUGACGGUGCGUGACAUGGAGCGCCUGUGUGCCUACCUGCAGCGCCACGCGCCCAUCAUCUGCAGCCUGGAGCUGGGCUUCACCGAGCUCACCGACGACGCCUUCCUCCUCCUCCUGCCCACGCUGGGUGCGCUGCGGCUGGAGACCCUGGCCCUCAACGGCAACCGGCUGACCCGUGCCGUCCUCAAGGAGCUGACGGACAGCCUGAAGGACCCGGCCAGCUUCCCCAGUGUCACGUGGAUCGACCUGGGCAACAACGUGGACAUCUUCUCCCUGCCCCAGCCUUUCCUGGUGAGUCUGAGGAAGCGCUGUCCCAAGCAGGGCAACCUGCCCACCAUCCUGGAGUUUGGUGAGAGCCAGGCCAGCGAGCCCGAGGGGAGGGUGGGGGAUGAUGACGAUGACAAGGAUGACAUCAACAGGACAGAGAGCAUGGAUGAGCUGAGGUCGGAGGUGGAGGGGGAGAUGGACGGAGAGACGGAGAUUGAGGAGAUGAUGGAAGAGUUGUUGGACUUUGACCUGGAGGUGCAGGGGAAGGAGGACGAGAUCGAGGACAGCAUGUGGACAAUGGAGGAGCAGAGGAGGGAGGAGACAAGGGGACAGGGAAUUAAGAAGAUGGUGGAGAGGGCGGAGCUAGAGGAGGAAGACACACAGAGUCAGUCUUCCCACUUGUCGUGCUCCAGCCAAUCGCAGCAUUCUUCUGGAGCGGUUGAACUGAUGAAGGAGGAAGAAGGAGAGGAGGGGACUGAUCACUUAGACCCCCUGACCUGAGCAAGAACCCCGGUCCACUCUGCUUGGAACUUCCCCUCCCACGUUUUGUCUAGAAUGAGAAGAGAGCAGUACCAGCAAGCAGUGAACGUUCGUAUAACGUUAGGUAACGUUCUUGGAAUGCAUAGGUAACCGGAAAUUGUUUCCUGGGUUGGACAUCUGGGGGAGGGGCUCUGUCAUCUCAACCGACUGGAAUGGUUCCGGAAUAACCAACCGAUCUGGGUGAACUGUUCGUCCACAGAUGCACAGUUUAGGGAGAUGACAAUCCAGGUUGAAAGCGGACGUUUGUGAUAACUCUUAUUGUUGUUUCAUUAUGAAUUAGGAUUAUAAUCCUCUGUAGUAAAGAGUAAUAGAUAUAUUAUAUAUCAAAUGUAGAAAACAAAUAAACAUUUUCUAAUGUACAUGUGGCUAUGUCAUAUCUGGCACGUAUGAGAUAUUUCGUUCAGGUUUUACUCCCUGCUCACCCUGUCCUAUAGAUGGAUGAAUGCCUAUGUGCCUGUCACUUGUUCCCCUCUUGGUGGAGAGACUGUAUGUCAGAGAGAGAGACAGACAGAUGGCUGACGGAUGGACAGACAAACAGACUGGUAGAAAGACAGAAGAAGAGCGGUAAUUCCCUCUGAUACUACAGUACGUCUGUCUCUCUAUCUCUCUGACCAGCGCUCUCUUCACCAAUCCUACCUACCCAGUAUUUUUUUAUGCAUAUGCAUGCUCCAGUGUGUCGAUUUCCGAUGUGAUCUGAGUGCAGCGAGAGUACCUUUUAAACAAGUGCUAUUGGCGGAAAGAAUUGAUGGAAACCAACAAAAAAAAGAUUGGUUGAAAGGCGGGUUAAAAGAUGCUGACUAUAAGGCUCAUGAUUGUAAAGCAUGUGAGGGAGGAGUCUGUUACUGUGACGAAAAGCACUGUUUAGGCUAAGGAAAAGGGCAUAGGUGCUACGGUGACCGGCGCUACGGCGACAGGAGCUAUAACAACCCAUCUUUAGCAGCCUCACUUGUUCCCUUUAUCCCUGCCAGUCAUGUCGAGUGCACGUAUCGCUUAUAACCGUUGUAUCAACACGUUUAAUGGGAUUCUGUUGUGUGGUUACGACAAUGCCAUCUAACAUGGACUGUCUCUAGGCUACGGCUAUAGAACAUUCCCUCAUUCUCAGUGAAUAUGGAGCUCUCGCACAGCGUAUGUUUCCCCAUUUGUAACAACGGUCGAAUAAAACGCUUUGAGAAUUAGGAUUAUGCGCUUCAUCUCCUUUGUUAAUUGUGUAUGUGAGGUACCUUAUGCCUUUAAGGGUUAUGUGUCAGCCGAGGUGAAUGCAAUUGGGUCCAGAUAUUCAAUGUCAGUUCUCAGAAGUGUAAUUCCUCAAAAACUAUUAUCAUCCCCCAAAACAGAUAGACAUUUGUGCUGAUAAUGUGGUUACUACACUGUAAAUGAGAAGAGUGUGUAUUCUGUUCACCCGGGCUACUCCUGUCUGAGACAUGUCUUAUUCAUUCAAGUCUUUCUGAUUUCAGGGAGAGUCCAGUUGAACACAACGUUGUGUGUAUGUGGGCCUGUAGGAGAUGUCAUAGACAAGUUCACUGUCUGUGUUCCACUGUGUCUCCGAUGAAUUGCUCUGUGCGAGUGCUUUGUCUGUCGGGGUGCCGUCUCUUGUGUCUCGGUGGCUGGUUUUGGGAGUACAGACUCAACUGCUUCCUUAGGCCCCCCAGACGGUGUGUAACAGUCACCAGAGACACUGCUAACAGUGAUGAGAAUUGGAAGACGUUUCUCUGGAACUCAGUACAUAUUAUCUGUCAUACUGAGGAGAUGUGAUAAUGCAGUUUCUUUGUAUACUACCGGUAAAAACUUUUAGAACACCUACUCAUUCAAUUUUUGUAUGUUUUUUUUGUGACUAUUUUCUACAUUGCAGAAUAAUAGUGAAGGCAUCACACCUAUGUAAUAACACACAUGGAAUCAUGUAGUAACCAAAAAAAGUGCUAAACAAAUCCAAAUAUAUUUUAGAUUUGAGAUUCUUUAAAUAGCCACCCUUUGCCAUGAUUACAUAUUUGCACACUCUUGGCAUUCUCUCAACCAGGUUCACUUGGAAUGCUCUUCCAACAUUCUUGAAGGAGUUCCCACAUAUGCUGAGCACUUGUUGGCUGCUUUUCCUUCCCUCUGCGGUCCGACUCAUCCCAAACCAUCUCAAUUUGGUUGAAGUCGGGGGAUUGUGGAGGCCAGGUCAUCUGAUGCAGCACUCCAACACUCUCCUUCUUGGUAAAAUAGCCAUUACACAGCCUGGAGGUGUGUUGGUUAUUGUCCUGUUGAAAAACAAAUGAUAGUCCCACUAAGCCCAAACCAGAUGGGAUGGUGUAUCGCUGGAAAAUGCUGUGGUAGCCAUGCUGGUAAAGUGUGCCUUGAAUUCUAAAUAGAUCACAGUGUUAACAGCAAAGCACCCCCACACCAUAACACCUCCUGCUCCAUGCUUUACGGGGGGAAAUACACAUGUGGAGAUCAUCCAUUCACCCACACCGUGUCUCACAAAGACACGGCAUUUGGAACCAAAAAUCUCUAAUUUGGACUCCAGACUAAAGGACACAUUUCUACCAGUAUAAUGUCCAUUGCUCGUGUUUCUUGGCCCAAGCAAACCUCUUCUUAUUAUUGAUGUCCUUUAGUAGUGGUUUCUUUGCAGCCUUUCGACCAUGAAGGCCGGAUUCACACAGCCCCCUUUGAACAGUUGAUGUUGAGAUGUGUCUGUUACUUGAACUCUGUGAAGCAUUUAUUUGGGCUGCAAUUUCUGAGGCUGGUAACUCAAAUGAACUUAUCCUCUGCAGUAGAGGUCACUCUGGGGCAAACUACCUGCCCUCCAGGACACCUACAGCACCCGAUGUCACAGGAAGGCCAAAAAGAGAUCACCAAGGACAACAAACACCCGAGCCACUGCCUGUUCACCCUGCUAUCAUCCAGGAGGCGAGGUCAGUACAGGUGCAUCAAAGCUGGGACCGAGAGACUGAAAAACAGCUUCUAUCUCAAGGCCAUCAGACUGUUAAACAGCCAUCACUAACAUAUAGAGGCUGCUGCCAACAUACACACUCAAAUCUCUGGCCACUUUAACAAAGGUAUAAAGGUAUCACUAGUCACUUUAAAUAACGGCACUUUAAUAAUGUCUACAUACACUACAUUACUCAUCUCAUAUGUAUAUACUGUAUUCUGUACCAUCUACGGUAUCUUGCCUAUGCCGCACGGCCAUCGCGCAUUCAUAUAUGUAUACAUACAUAUUCUUAUUCAUCCCUUUACACUUGUGUGUGUAAGGUAGUCGUUGUGAAUUUGUUCGAUUACUUGUUAAAUAUUACUGCACUGUCAACUAGAAGCACAAGCAUUUCGCUACACUCACAUUAACAUCUGCUAACCAUGUGUAUGUGACCAAUCAAAUUUGAUUUGAUUUUGGGUCUUCCACUCCUGUGGCGGCCCUCAUGAGAGCUAGUUUCAUCAUAGCGCUUGAUGGUUUUUGCGACUGCACUUGAAGAAACCUCCAAAUUUCUUGAACAUUUUCCGUAUCGACUGACUUUCAUGUCUUAAAGUAAUGAUGGACUGUAGUUUCUCUUUGCUUUUUUGAGCUGUUCUUGCUAUAAUAUGGAAUUGGUCAAUUACCAAAAAGUCUAUCUUCUGUAUGCCACCCCUACCUUGUCACAACACAACUGAUAAGCUCAAAUGCAAUAAGAAGGAAAGGAAAUUCCACAAAUGAACUUUUAAGAAGGCACACCUGUUAACCUUUUGCGACGAGCAAUCCCGGAUCCGGGAGCGUAAUCCUAGCCUCAAACGAAUUAGCAUAACGCAGCGGACAUAAAUACCCCUAGAAACUUUUCCUAUUCAUGAAAAUCGCAAAUGAAAUGAAAUAAAUAUAUUCAAACACAAGCUUAGCCUUUUGUUAACAACACUGUCAUCUCAGAUUUUCAAAAUAUGCGUUACAGCCAACGCUAGACAAGCAUUUGUGUAAGUUUAUCAUGUCAUAAUGCUAUGCUAGGCUCUGCUGGCAGCAGGCAACAUUUUCACGAAAAUAAGAAAAGCAACCAAAUUAAAUAAUUUACCUUUGAAGAACUUCAGAUGCUUUCACUCAGGAGACUCCCAGUUAGAUAGCAAAUGUUCCUUUUUUCCAAAAAUAUUAUUUUUUGUAGGCGAAAUAGCUCCCGUUUCUACAUCAUGCUUGGCUGAGAAAUCGCCCGGAAAAUGCUACAACUAUAACGCCAAACUUUUUUCAAAAUUUGCUCCAUGAUAUCGACAGAAACACGACAAACGUUGUUUAGGAUCCAUCCUCAAGGUGUUUUUAACAUAUAUAUUCGAUAAUAUAUCCGUCGAGGCAAUUGGUUUCUCAGAAGAAGCGAUUGGAAAAAUGGCUACCUCAGUAUUUUACGCAAGAUUUUCUGCGGGAGACACCAUGUGACCACUUCUUAUAUAUGGUCCCUUACGGCUAUUCUUCAAUGGAAAUGUGUAAAAAGACGUCACAAUGCUGUAGACACCUUGGGGAAUAAGUGGAAAACGUAAGCUCAUUCGUAGCUCAUUCACAGCCAUAUAAGGAGUCAUUGGCAUGAGGCGGUUUCAAAAAAUGUGGCGCUUCCUGGUUGGAUUUUUAUCUGGGUUUCGCCUGUAACAUCAGUUCUGUGGCACUCACAGACAAUUUCUUUGCAGUUUUGGAAACAUCAGUGUUUUCUUUCCAAAGCUGUCAAUUAUAUGCAUAGUCGAGCAUCUUUUCGUGACAAAAUAUCUUGUUUAAAACAUUUUUAUCCAAAAAUGAAAAUACUGCCCCCUAGUUAGAAGAAGUUCAUUGAAAUGCAUUCCAGGUGACUACCUCAUAAAGCUGGUUGAGAGAAUGCCAAGAGUGUGCAAAGCUGUCAUCAAGGCAAAGGGUGGCUAUUUGAACAAUCUCAAAUUUAAUAUAUAUUUAGAGUUGUUUAACACUUUUUUGGUUACUACAUGAUUCCAUAUGUGUUAUUUCAUAGUUGUGAUGUCUUCACUAUUAUUAUACAAUGUAGAAAAUAGUAAAAACCCUUGAAUGAGUAGGCGUUCUAAAACUUUUGACCGGUAGUGUAUACUUGUUUGUUUGGGAAUCUUUGUUUGUUUGGGAAUCUCUGGCAACUCUCUCCUAACUGUCCACAGUUACUGCCCACAGGACUGCAAUUCCCCCUCCCAAACCAGUGGAUGAUUAUUAGUGGAAUAUUAAAUCAAAACAAGCAAAAUGUGCCUGGGUUUAAAAAAAAUCAAAAAUACAAAUAAACCAAAGGUGUGUACUGGAAUUUCUAGACUUGUGUGUACUUGAAUUUUUGAAUUAUCUCUCUCUCUCUCUCUCAAGGGAAAAUGAGUUAUUUUCUCUGUCUCUCUGUCUCGCUCUCUGUUCCUUGCUCUCUCAGUUUAGGUGAUGAAUUGUAAAGGAAACUUCUGUGUAUUUCCAUGAAAUGAAAACCAAGUGACUUGCUGUCUUGCCAAUGCGAUGAAAUAAAAACCUUAAAUACUG